CCCACAAUGUAGAUUCUGUUUCCGCUAAUUUGAGUGUGUCCAUGGGAUCCAUAUUCAAAUUACUGAAAACUUUAUUAUUCCUAGCUUUCCAGAUGUACCAUAGUAUCCAUGCAAACUGAUGAUCUUCCAACUGCGGAAGUACUUUCAAGAAUAGAUGAUCCAUAUUUGUGAAAAGAGAACCUGUUGAAAAAAUAUUUGGAUUUGAUGGUAUCUUCGAAAUAGCCCAAACCUGAAGUGAUAGGAGACAUUCGAAAAAUACAUGGUUUAUCGAUUUCUCAUGGACUCCACAUCUUGCACAUCAAAUAUCCCCUUGAAUUCUCCUUGAUUGUAAAUUAUUCUUCACUGCUAUACAUUAUGUCAGUAAUUGCCAAAGAAAAUGUUUAACUUUGAUAGACACCGUAUUUUCCAGCAUAAGGCUUUCAACAUCCACUGUGAAAAAAUUCAUGUGAAAAUUUUUAAAUCGUUUUUAGAAAUGUUAAAAAAUUCAUGUGAAAAUUUUUAAAGUAAAAUAUUUUAGUAUGAUUUUUGAGCUUUUCUAAAAAGUUAUCUAAUCAAAUGUUAAUAUAAGCUGGUGAGAGAUUACCAAUGCAGAUUACUUGAAAAUUAAAGUAAUUUUUUAAAAGGAAAAUGAAGUAAGUGAGAAUUUGCGACUAUUAAGGGGAAAAGACAAUGUCAAUAGUCUACGGCUUUGACUGUCCAGUUCGGUGAUAAUCUAAUAACCUUGUCUUUGACCGCACGCUCGUGUUGGGGCCCCUCUGACAUUUUACUGCUCUACCCCUGCUCGUGAAGACCUUCUGUUCAAAAAUAUUCAGAGGGUAUUUCUAGAAUUCUAGUUAAACGGAUUGAAACCGAACCGGACUUGGGAUUCUGCUGGAGCAUUUAUCAAAACUGUUUUCAUAUUAGCACGAAUGGUUGGUUCUUAAUAAUAAAAAUCCCACACUUGAUCAGAUAAUUCAUUAAGGGCAUUCUAUAAUGAAACUAUCAACAAAUUUUUAAUUGUGUAAUGUAACGGUUACGUUCAGUUCUUUGGAUUUAGUCAUACAAGUAGAUCUCUCCCUUUUCUACCACGGUGAAAUCAUGAUCCGUACGCUUAGUGUAUGAUCAUUAUACGUAAAAUGAUUAUAAAUUUAAAAUCAAAUAUUAUAUUCUUAGUUAUAUAUAAUAGCUGUUAAACUAUUUUCGCAUCGCACCUUUCUGCAACUUAUUUUUCAUAUAAUAAAUAAAGGAUUUAAAGCUUAACGAGGCAACAAAUGUAAUAAAUACGGAAAACAAAAGCUAGGAAGCCAAUUGGUUAGGUUAGCUUAAUCGGCGAUCUAUUAAAUUAAUGACGAUGAUAAAAUUUAUAACUAAAAUAAAAAAUUCUGACUUCUUUAAAACAAACACCUUCUUACAAACAGAAGCUCACUUUUUCAGUAGAUGCAUGUCCGAGUCCCAAUCUCUCAGAAAAAAAGAAGCAAAAAAUCAAACAUACAGAAAAAGAGGUAAAGAGAGAGAGAGAUACUCCAUGUUCGAAACAGAGCAUACUCUCGUGCCUCUUCUUCUUCUCCCAUCACUUCUAUCUCUUCUCCUCUUCUUGAUUCUCUUGAAGAGACGAAGUCGACACAGUUUCAAUCUCCCUCCUGGAAAAUCUGGAUGGCCAUUUCUAGGCGAAACCAUCGGAUAUCUCAAACCUUACUCUGCCAAAACUCUCGGUUACUUCAUGCAACAACAUAUCUCCAAGUAUGGGAAGAUAUAUAGAUCGAAUUUGUUUGGAGAACCAACGAUCGUAUCAGCUGAUGCAGGACUCAACAGGUUCAUAUUACAAAACGAAGGAAGACUCUUUGAAUGUAGUUAUCCUCGAAGUAUUGGUGGGAUUCUUGGGAAAUGGUCGAUGCUUGUUCUUGUUGGAGACAUGCAUAGAGACAUGAGAAGUAUCUCGCUAAACUUUCUAAGUCACGCUCGUCUCAGAACGAUUCUUCUUAAGGACGUUGAGAGGCAUACUUUGUUCGUUCUUAAUUCUUGGCAACAACAUUCUGUUUUCUCUGCUCAAGAUGAGGCCAAAAAGUUUACGUUUAAUCUAAUGGCGAAGCAUAUAAUGAGUAUGGAUCCUGGAGAAGAAGAGACAGAGCAGUUAAAGAAAGAGUAUGUGACUUUCAUGAAAGGGGUUGUUUCUGCUCCUCUCAAUCUCCCAGGAACUGCUUAUCGUAAAGCUCUCCAGUCACGAGGGACGAUAUUGAAGUUUAUUGAGAAGAAAAUGGAAGAGAGAAAAUCAGAGAUUCAAGAAGAAGACGAAGAAGAUGAAGCAGAGAUUAGUAGAAGUGAUCAUUAUGAGAGAAAACAUAGAGCAGAUGAUGAUCUUUUGGGAUGGGUUCUAAAACAUUCCAAUCUUUCGACUGAGCAAAUUCUCGAUCUUAUUCUCAGUUUAUUAUUUGCCGGACAUGAGACAUCAUCUGUAGCCAUCGCUCUCGCUAUCUACUUCUUGCAAGCUUGUCCUAAAGCCGUUCAAGAACUUAGGGAAGAGCAUCUUGAAAUCGCGAGGGUGAAGAAGGAACUUGGAGAGUCAGAAUUGAAUUGGGAUGAUUACAAGACAAUGGACUUUACUCAUAGUGUUAUAAAUGAGACUCUUCGACUAGGAAAUGUAGUAAGGUUUUUGCAUCGUAAAGCACUCAAAAACGUUCGGUAUAAAGAAAUAGGAUACGAUAUCCCAAGUGGGUGGAAAGUGUUACCAGUGAUCUCAGCCGUACAUUUGGAUAACUCCCGUUACGACGAACCUAAUCUCUUUAAUCCUUGGAGAUGGCAACAGGUUUUGGUAGAUUAGAUUUGACCUACGAUGGUGCCACGGCAUUGACGGAUCUCACAUCACACGCCCGACGACUCGUACGUGUAGUAUUAGGUUCUGACACGUUGACUAGUCUCAAACUCUCUAUUAAAUAAUUUAUCAAAUAGGCGAAGUAUAAAAAAACAAUUAUGUUGUGGGAGAGUCAUAUUUUGUUUAAAUAAAAUAAUAAUGGGAGUUAUGAUGUUAGAGUGAGUGGGGAAGGUAUGAUUAAUGACCCACGUUGUGUGGUGCCAACAUGCACGUGUUCUUCUUCACUUUUCUCUCUACUUGCUCUCUAAAACUGUUUGUCGUUUUGACGAGCAGCAAAACUCCGGGACGUCGUCAUUGUCAGGAUGUGGUAGUUUUUCGACGUGGGGGAACAACUUCAUGCCGUUUGGAGGAGGGCCAAGGCUAUGUGCUGGUUCAGAGUUGGCGAAGCUAGAAAUGGCAGUGUUUAUUCAUCAUCUUGUUCUUAAUUUUAGUUGGAAAUUAGCAGAAGAUGAUCAACCAUUUGCUUUUCCUUUCGUUGAUUUUCCUAACGGUUUGCCAAUUAGGGUUUCUCGUA